AUGGGAACACCCAACCUCGCAUCCUCACUCGAGGAACAUAUCCAUGAACCCUCCAUUCAAUCACAACCUACCACCAACAACGCCCUUCUAUCCCAAGAAAUUCGCCGCUAUCCCAAAAUAGUCGCCUACUCGGUAGGCCUCGCGCUUGCAUUCCUUCUCACCGGCUAUGACACCGUCAUCCUCGGCACAAUCACCGCGGUCCCUUACUUUAAACACGAAUUUGGCGAACUCUAUAACGGCGAAUACAUCAUCCCGGCAUCAUGGCUAUCCGUCUGGAGUGCAAUGAGCCCUUUAGGUUCAAUUAUCGGCGCACCGGUAGCAGGCUGGCUUCAAGAUCGUAUCGGUCGUCGUUGGUCCCUUGCUCUUAGCUGUUUCGUCUGUGCCGUCGGAAUCGCUAUUGCGUUCUGCUCUAACCUCCCGGAUGAAAUGAACUCCCGUCGAGGUGCCUUCCUCGUGGGAAGGUUCGUGCAGGGAUUGGGUGUUGGUGGUGCGAUGGCUGGUGCGCAAACGUAUUUGUCUGAGACUGUUCCGACCAGUUUGAGGGGUUCUGCUAUGGCCCUCUCGCCGACGUUCAUGUUGCUUGGAGAGCUGCUGGGAGCGGUUGUGAUCUUUGCGUGCGAGCAGAUGACAACCUCAGCUGCGUUUUUGAUUCCCUUUGGGACUCAGUGGAUUACUACGCUGUUGCCUUUCGUCCUGGCGUUCGUGCUGCCUGAGAGUCCCUCUUACUUGAUACGCAAGGGGGAUUAUGAAAAGGCGCAUAGUGCAAUGAAAGCCCUUCAUACUGAUAGCGUGGACGUGAUACCACUCAUUGCUCAGAUGCGCUUAUCGAUUGCCAGUGAAGAGGAGAUGUCCCGUGAGCUGGCGUAUGUCGACUGCUUCAAAGGUGUCAAUCUACGCAGAACGACAGUCGUGGCGUUUUCAUUCAUGAUACCCAGUCUCUUCGGAGUCCCGCUUCUUGCGAGUGCUAGUUAUUUCAUGCAGGUAGUCGGCAUGUCAUCGAGUCUUAGUAUCAUGGUCCUGAUUGUGGGAAUUGUGCUGGGUCUCUUGGCCAAUGGUGUCGGAGUGUGGCUUAUGAGCCGGUUUGGUCGACGUCCUUUGCUACUCUGGACGUUGGCGGUCUCGAUUAUAUUGUGGCUGAGCAUGGGAAUCGCCGGGUGCUGGUCUGGCAAUGUUGUUGUUUGGUGGACUGCGAUAUCCUUGAUCCUCGUUGUCGUGAUUUGCGGCAUGGGCGCAUGGCCCGCGUCUUACGCUGUCAACGGUGAAGCAUCAUCCCUGCGCCUUCGAGCUAAAACCCAGGGCCUUGGUGUGUUGUGCUACAUGCUCUCGAAUGUGGUUCUGAGUCUCGCGCUGCCUUAUAUCUAUAACAAAGAUGCGGGUGAUCUGAAAGGCAAGACUGGGUUUAUCUACGCUGGUCUUUGCCUCUUUGCCUGGAUAGUCACAUGGUUCAUGAUCCCGGAGAUGAAGGAUCGCACUGUCAUAGAGAUUGAUACGAUGUUCGAAGCAAAGCUUCCAUGUGCAGAGUUUAAGAACUGGUCUAGUCCCGUUGUUCUUGAGAAGGAGUAUGAUGCCUAG